GUUGGCGAUAAGGUAAUGGUCCUGGCUAGGUCAGGGCUCUGGCAAGAAGUGGUGAACGUGCCAGCCAGUCAGACUUUCCUGAUGCCCGAGGGGAUGAGCUUUGAGGAAGCAGCUGCUCUUCUUGUCAACUACAUCACUGCCUACAUGAUUCUGUUUGACUUUGGGAACCUGAGGCCCAACCAGAGUGUCCUCAUCCAUAUGGCUGCAGGUGGUGUGGGAACUGCUGCCAUCCAGCUGUGCAAGACUGUAGAAAACGUCACCAUUUUUGGCACAGCAUCUGCCUCCAAGCAUGAUUCGCUCAAGGAGGGUGGAGUCGCUCACCCCAUUGACUACAGAACGAUGGAUUACGCAGAGGAGGUCCGGAAAAUCUCUCCCAAAGGUGUUGACAUUGUCCUGGACCCCCUGGGAGGAUCCGAUACAUCCAAAGCAUUUAACCUCUUGAAGCCGAUGGGCAAACUCAUCACUUACGGGGUGGCAAACCUGCUCACUGGGCAGAGGAAGAACCUCAUGGCUAUGGCUAAGACCUGGUGGAACCAGUUCAGCAUCAACGCCCUGCAGCUCCUACACCAUAACAAGGCUGUGUGUGGCUACCAUCUCGGCUACAUGGAUGAAGAGGUUGAGCUCGUCAGAGGUGUUGUAGCCAAGCUGGUUAGCCUGUACAGCCAAGGCAAAAUCAAGCCCAAAAUAGACUCUGUAUGGCCCUUUGAUCAGGUGGCAGAUGCCAUGAGGCAGAUGCAAGAGAAGAAGAAUGUUGGGAAGGUCAUCCUGGUUCCUGAAGCACCCAAGGAAGAAUCCAAAAAAGAAGAGAACUAAGGAGGAGAGAUGUGUGCGGAUUGUGAAUUCAUGGCUUAACGCCCUGAUCUCUUUGGGACCCGGAAAUGGACAGAUCAGUAGCUUCCACCCUCACCAGUACGAGAACGUCGUGGUUGAGUUCAGAUAAGGUUUGCAUGCUCUUGCUGUGGGUCACCCCCUGCC